UCAUGCUUUUGUUGCAUUGUUCAGUAUAGGACAUUCAUUUUCUUAUUAUUUAGGUAUGGAUAAUUUGAUUAUUUUCUCUGUUUGCUUUAACUGAACAGAAACCUUGUUCGGCACAUCGAAUUACGUUAUGGGCUCCAUAAGAUGCAUUGCAAAACACCCAACCAUUACUCUAGUAGAAGCACUCACCACUCUCAAGGCGAUCAAGCAAGUCCAUGCUCAACUGCUAGCUAACGGUCUCCUUAACGACCAUCUCCUGUUCGGCCAAUUCGUCGCCACCAUUGCCCUUCACAACCCCAAAAAUCUUGCCUACUCGGACCAACUCCUGAGCAAUUAUGAGACUCCAACACUCUUCGCUUUCAACUCCAUGAUUAGAGCUUACUCCAGAAGCUCCACGCCCAAAAAAAGCUUUUACUUUUACAACAGAAUUCUCCGCUCGGUUAACAAUCUUUCCCCUGAUAACUACACCUUCAACUUCCUGAUUCGAACGAGUGCCCAACUAUUGGCACAUGAGACUGGCCCGUCGGUCCAUGGCGCUGUCGUGAAAUAUGGGUUUGAGAAUGACCCGCAUAUCCAAACUGGGUUGAUUUUCAUGUACGCUGAAUUGGGUUGCUUGAAUUCAUGUUACAGGGUGUUUGGAGGGAUUUCUGGCCCAGAUAUAGUGUGUCAGACGGCUAUGGUCAGUGCUUGUGCGAAAUGUGGUGAUGUUGGGUUUGCUCGUGAGCUGUUUGAUGAAAUGCCGAGCAGAGAUCCCAUUGCUUGGAACGCUAUGAUUGCGGGGUAUGCUCAAUGUGGGAAGUCGAGGGAAGCAUUGAGUUUGUUUUACUUAAUGCAAAUGGAAGGAGUUAAGGUGAACGAGGUGUCUAUGGUUUCUGUUUUAUCCGCGUGUUCCCACUUAGGGGCAUUGGAUCAAGGGAGAUGGACUCAUGCAUAUAUAGAAAAAAACCAGUUGACGAUGACAGUGAAUUUGGGGACUGCGCUCAUAGAUAUGUAUGCGAAAUGCGGGGCCAUGGAUAAGGCUAUGGAAGUCUUUUGGGGAAUGAAGGAAAAGAAUGUGUACACAUGGAGUAGUGCCAUGGGAGGACUAGCCAUGAAUGGAUUUGGUGAAAAGUGUCUUGAGCUCUUUUCCCUCAUGAAAGAAGACAGGGUUCAGCCAAAUGAAGUAACAUUUGUGGCAGUUUUAAGGGGUUGUAGUGUGGUUGGACUAGUUGAGGAAGGUCAAGAGCAUUUUUCUUCAAUGAAAACAUCCUACGGAAUUGAACCUGAGAUUGAGCAUUAUGGUUGCUUGGUUGAUUUGUAUGGUCGAGCUGGGUGCAUAGUUGAAGCUCUAAAUGUCAUUAAUAGCAUGCCUAUGCAGCCUCAUGCUGCUGCUUGGGGUGCUUUGCUUAAUGCUUGUAGAAUGUACAAGAAUUUGGAGUUGGGAGAGUUCGCCUCGAGAAAAAUUGUAGAAUUGGAGUCUAAGAACCAUGGUGCUUAUGUGCUUUUGUCAAAUAUAUAUGCCGAUUCAAAGAAGUGGGAUGGAGUUAGUAACGUGCGACAAGUUAUGAAGGCCAAAGGUGUUAAGAAGAUUCCUGGUUGUAGUAUUAUUGAGGUUGAUGGUGAGGUUCAUGAAUUCUUUGUUGGGGACAAAUCCCAUCCUAGAUAUAGCGAGAUUGAGAUAAUGUUAGGAGAGAUCUCUAGGCGGCUGAAAUUGUUUGGUUAUGUGCCGAAUACUAACCCCGUGCUCUUUGAUAUAGAAGAGGAAGAGAAAGAGGAUGCAUUGUGUAAACACAGCGAGAAGGUUGCAAUUGCUUUUGGUUUGAUAAGCUUGAGAGAAGGUAUUCCAAUAAGGAUUGUGAAGAACCUCAGGGUUUGUUGGGAUUGUCAUGAAGUCACAAAAAUGAUUUCAAAAGUUUUCAGCAGAGAGAUUAUUGUUAGAGAUAGGAAUAGGUUCCAUCAUUUUCAAGAUGGUCAAUGUUCUUGUAAGGGUUAUUGGUGAGAUACCUUAUUAAGUUUCAAUCCUGUUGUACUGGCAGAAAAUUUUGUUUUUUCUGCUCAUACAUUCUUUCUUGGACCUGCAAUUUUGGGGUGGAGUUAUGCUUGAAUACUAAAAUAUCAGCAAGUAUUUUAUCUGAUAGACAAAUAUUUUGUACUGUACUCGAUGAUUAAACCUUCAAGUCUUGUCAUGCCUAAUUGCAGUGGACAACAACUUUCAUUUCACUAUUGCUGGUUUAAAUAUCUGGUAAAGGGUAAAGGCGAACAACCCCACUUGGACACAUUUGGUUUCCAUUACAUAUA